AUGAUGCCAAGCAAUCACGAGGAGUCGAAAGCGACUGAUAGCGAGGACGACCGCAAGCCGGCCGCAUUGCCGUCUCAUAGACAAAGAAAGCAGUGGCAACACCAAUCUCAAGAUGGAUCCAAAAAAGGAUCUUUUUUGGAUCCACCGUCAGCGAAUGCGGUAGCUGCGACUGCCAAUCGGAAGAGACCUACAUUUGACUCUUCAGAUGACGGUCUCCUUGCGUCUCUCAGUAACUGCGAGAAGGCUUCAGAAGGAUCCAAAAACGCUGCGGUCAAAAUAACAAAAGAGUCUCCAGAAGAUACAGCGAACACCAAUGCUGUAGCGCGCAAUAGGAAGAGCCCACCCACUGCAAUAGACUCAGACGUCGAUCCCCAUGUGUACCUUAAAGGAGAAGGAGAGACACCAAAAAUUUCAACAAGGAUGAAAGAGAAGGCAAUCGUGGUUGGUACUAACAAUGACUGCAAGCCCGCAGCAUUGCCAACUUCUCCUCCUACUACACCCAGAAAGCGUCAAUACCAACCUGGAGUUGAUAAUGUUACGGAUUCAAAGCGGCGACAGACCAACCAAGAUAUACAAAAUCUCAACCCAAACAUUCCAAAUUGUUCCGCUUUGCUCUCUUCUUCUCCGCAGCGAAAAUUGGACUAUCAACUAGCGGCUAUGCUUCAAGAGCAAGAAUAUCAACUCAAGAAGGCAGAUGCUGAGAAGGAACAUGAAGCAAUGACCAAGUCCCCCUAUGGUAAAGCCGUCCUUGUGGUUCAGGAGAUUCUGGAACUGACCAAAAAUACCAAGGACCAAGCCAAGAACGAGUAUCCCAACUUUGCUCAGAACUUUGACUCGGUGAGCACCGAUGAUAUGGUCUUCUUGGCCAAAAAUCUAUUGGAGAAGCAGCGCGAAUUUCUUGCUUCUGGGAUUCUCGGGUUUGUUGAUAUCGGAUACCACUAUACCGAUUCCACAAAUUUGAACAGCAUUCGUACAAAUGGUCUCAUGACCAGGAACGAACGAGAUUCGCAAGGAAUACAAGCUCACCGAUUCCAUGGCAGCACUUAUGGUGACGGUGUCUAUACUGGGAACAGUCCAACAAAGUUUGCGGGCUAUGGUAACACUGGACUGAUCGUCGGUCGUUUACUGGGAACUAUGAAAACGUUUGGGCAACAAACUACUGAUGGUGCCAACACUGUUCUUGUGCCCGAUCGCGAAAUCGUCGUCCUCAAGACCUCUGCCCAAUGCUUGCCCAUGAUUAAGUACGACAUGGAGCUAGCUGGAUCUCAAGAAGGGCAAGAUUUCAUCCAAAGAUUACACAAAUCGCUGCAAGAGAUCCUAGACCAGGUUUUCAAUCCAGGCUUGAGAGGACCACCGGUACUACCCACGCCUUGGAAUGUAGCAACAGCUUCAAGCAAUGCGCGUGGUGGAAAUGCGACGGUGCCGCCAUCAUUCAUUGCACAGAAUUCAUUUGUCAGUUCCAAUCGUGGGCCUCCUCCUACCCAAUAUUUUGGUCCCGGAUCAUCGUUCAAAAACCUCCCAGGCCCUGCCGCAGUUAACAGAUAUUUGAUUGGAGGCAAAAGCAAUCCCCGAAUCAGCACAAUCGGAAAAGCUGUACUUCAAUACAUUGCUCCAGAAAGGCUCUCUGGUGCUGUCAACCCAACCGAAGCCUUCUGCCUUCCUCCUUCAUCGUGCAACUUUCAGAGUGACUGUGUUAUCUGUCACGAUGCCCUUUCCGAUCCUCCGUGUUGUGUCGCUUUGAAGGUAUGCAACCAUGUAUUUCACAAAGACUGUAUCGAGCAAGCUUGCAAGUUCGGUUCCAAAUGUCCAACUUGUCGCAAAUGCAUCGGAACGCCACUUGGAAAAUCGCCAUCUGGUUCCAUGUCUAUCAGUAUCACUAAUAAGCUAAAGUGCAGCGGAUUUCCGAGUUUUCAUACGAUUGUGAUUGUGUACUCCAUGCAGGCAGGAACCCAAAAGCACUACCACGAGAAUCCAGGACAACCCCAUCCGGACAAGCAUGCAACUGCCUACCUUCCAAACAAUACUUUCGGUCGAAAUCUUCUCAAGAGACUCAAGUUUGCUUUUCUCCAUGGAUUAACAUUUACGAUUGGUACAUCUAUGACGACGGGUGCUACCAACCAAUGUACUUGGUCAUCCAUUCACCACAAGACACACCCAGAUAGUACAGUGCAUGGAUUUCCUGAUCCCAAUUACUUUGCCAAUUGCAAUGGAGAGCUAGAUAGCGCCAAUGUACCUGCCGCGAAUCUACUUGACGUCGAUGGACAAAAAUUGGUUACUACGCAGCAUUAG